CCACCACCCGUCUGUCUGAUCUGCCUCGCUGGCGCACCGCUUGCGCACUGCUUCUCUGCCGACUCGACCUCGUCCCGCUGUCGAGAACCAAGCCCACAAGGUCCUGACCAUAUCUCUCCCUCGUCGGCGCCAUGCUGCUGCUUACUCGACGUGCGCUCCCUGGCUUUGUCCAGCGACUUGCCCGGCCGUUUUCAUCGCCGCCGCCGCCACUGCCCUCGAGCUUGCAUCGAGAUUACCGCUUCCCGGUUGCCACGGUGCGAGAUAUUCUGCAGAAAAAGAUUGAAGACCAGGCGGACGAGUCGCAAAACAUGGUGCAGGUCCACGGCUGGGUCCAGACAGUCCGCACACACAAGCAGAUCAACUUUGCCGAGAUUGCAGAUGGAUCGACGGUGCGAGGCAUACAGGUGACGCUGACGCCCAACCAGGCGAGAGAACUCAAAACCGGCACCAGCGUCAGGAUCAUCGGCGCGCUCGUGCAGAGCCCUGGGAAGAACCAGGCCGUGGAGAUCCAAUCGGCCAAAGUCCAAGUUCUUGGGCACAUAUCCCCAAAUGAGUAUCCGCUCAGCAAAUCCAAGCUGCCCAUCGAUCAUUUGCGAGAGCAUGCCCAUCUGCGAUCACGAUCCCGCACAUUCGGGGCCGUCUGGAGGCUGCGCAGUGCCGCCGUCCUUGGGUUCCAAAAGUUCUUUCAGUCCCAGCAAUUCAUCCAAAUCCACACGCCGAUCAUCACCUCGAACGACUGCGAGGGUGCUGGCGAGGUGUUUCGUGUUGUCGCAGGCGAGCAAGCACGCUCAGCGACGAAACCCAGCCCAUCGCUCGUACCAUCCGAUCAGUCUGCCAUCGCGGCACCGCCCUCGUCCAAGCCAUUGGCGAGCCCGCAGGAAGAAUUCUUUUCACGCCCCGUCUAUCUGACUGUCUCGGGCCAGCUGCAUGCAGAAAUUGCCUCAAGCGCACUCUCCCGUGUCUACACUUUUGGUCCGACCUUCCGGGCAGAGCACUCUCUCUCGAGUCGCCAUCUCGCAGAAUUCUGGAUGCUUGAGGCCGAGAUGUCGUUUAUCUCCAAGAUCGACGAGCUGCUGGACUUUAUCGAAGCGGGACUGAAGCAAACCACGCAGCACAUUCUCGAUACGCAGCCGGACGAUAUUGAUUUCCUGACUCAGUUCGUGGACAAUGACUUGCGGACCCGGCUCGAGAACUUUGUCAACCAGGAGUGGAAGCGAAUCACUUACACCGAAGCAGUCAGCGUCCUGCAGGGACUCAAGAAAAAGUGGGACUAUCCCGUCAAGUGGGGCCUCCCCCUCCAGGGUGAGCACGAGCGGUUCCUGGCAGGACGGCACUUCCAAUGCCCGGUGUUUGUGACCGAAUAUCCAAAAGAUCUCAAGCCCUUCUACAUGAGGGAGGCCAGCAACCCCGCCGUCGAUCCCAAGACCAACGAGCUGCUUGGCAAGGUCGUGUCGUGUACGGACUUGCUGGUUCCGAAGGUUGGCGAGCUCGUUGGAGGAAGUCUUCGCGAGUCCAACUACAAGGCGCUGCUCUCCAACAUCGAGCGGGCCGGGAUAGACCGCAGCGAGCUCGAGUGGUAUCUGGACCUGCGCCGGUUCGGCACUGUGCCGCAUGGCGGAUUUGGCAUGGGAUUCGAGCGCUAUCUCCAGUACAUCACUGGCAUGAGCUCAGUGCGCGACUGCAUCCUGGCGCCUCGCUACUAUGGCCACAUCAAGUAUUGAAUAUACCUUUGCCGCGGCCAUACGCACUGUCGUAUCUGUUG